CAAAGCUGCCUCAUUGAGCAAGAGGGGCCUGACAGGACUUCCGCAAACAAACUUCCUCUGCGGAUCAAAGGGCAGCAGCACUGCAGCCCUUGUAGUCCACCUAAAUUUCCCAAGGGACCAGGAGCAGCAGCACAAGCCAGGCUAAGUGAGGUAAUGGCAACCACGGUGACAGAAUCUGGCGGCGUGCGGAUCAUCACAGAAGUCAUCCCGGCCACAGACCCACGGGCAGCCCAGCUGGCCUCCGGCUCCAUCCAGCCCACCGUGUCUUCUUUCCAAGUCAGCGGCUUCAGGAGAGCACAGCCCAAAGUGCUGGGGACCAUUCACAUCGUCACCGGCAUCAUCCACUUGUGCUUUGGUGUCAUCCUGACCUGUGCAGAGAACAACAGUGUCCUCUCCCUUCCUGUGGCCAGCGGAGUCUUCUUUUGGCUUGGGGUUCUGCUCCUGGUUUCAGGCUCUCUCCUGGUAGAAAGCGAGAAAAGAGAGAACAUCCUGCUGGUGAAAGUGUGUUGUGUGGCCAAUGCCGCCGUCAUCCUCAGCACGCUGGUGGCCAUGCUCAUACACACAGUGGCCAUCACCCACAGCAUCCCCGGCUGCAGCAGCAGCAGCAGCAUGCCGCUCCUGGUGAGGCAGGAAUGGUGCUUCAGCGCCGAGACCAAGGCCCUGAGUAACGGCUUCGACUCCAUCCUCGUCCUCUUCGGCCUGCUGGAGUUCUGCACAGCUGUGGCGGCCCUGGCCUUUGGCUGCACUGCCAUCAAGCAGUACAGUUACACACGCAUGGUGCUGUAGUGAAGCCCACAUCAUCCCUGCUGCUCCCCACAGCCGGACCGCGCCCAGCCCUAAGCAGGAGCCCCACGCACUCCUAAAAAAUCCUAAAAAACGAACCAAAAAAUCCCAAUAAACUGCCUCUCCCCCA